CGCGGGAGCAUCUCGUUUCGAAAGAGCUCCGCGCGCGGUGUCCUCGCGCUUCUCCUGCUCCUGGAGGGUUGCUUCGCGUUAAAUAUCCCGCUCCUUGUUGCCAAUGUUUUAGCACCCCGUGACCCUUACUCGCGCUUCACAUAUACACUCGACUAUUUUUUUUUAUCUAUUCGUUUCCUCUUGCCGAUGCAACCUUCAUAUACAGUAAUAGUUCUUGCCGUGAUCGAUCAACAUUGAAAAGAAAGUGGGAGAGUGAGGAAAAAUCCGCGAGUUUCGCCUCGUCGAUCAAUUCACGAUCGUUCUUGACUUUAGUGAAUUCUAACAGUUUUUCGCAAGUUUUGUUCGGCCGCUUUGGAGCUCGACGAUGCUGGGCGUCAGAAUGAAAAGUUCUUGGAAGUGCAGCGCGUGAAAUAUUUUACGUUUUGUUUCUAUUGACAGUGGUUUUUGGGAAGUAAGUCGAUAAAUUGGCUACGAUUUUUCUACGGCAGUGAUAAAUUCGAAAUUCGAUGGACCAGUCUCGAGGAUUUGAUCGAUCUUAUGUGUGGCUCAGUGAGGUUUUAGUUUAUUUUAAAAAGAACUGUGAAUUAUCGGGACUUUGUACUGUUCGAGGUAAAAGAAACGAAACUCACUUGCCCUUCCUUUCGUAGCUGCAGCGAAUAGCUCAAUUGGGAUUAUUGAGUGUGUGGAGAAUCGUAUUAUGACUCGACGGUAGCGCGACAGAACCCGACGCUUUUUCAUCGUUUCGUCAGAAGCGAAUAUCCGAACGGGAAGUUUAGUGGUGCGAGGGGUUUUCGAGCAAGUGAUAUAAAACAGUGAGAAGAAAGGAAGAGUGAUUCACGAGCUUUUAACGACUCGUGACUCCAAAUAAAAGGAGAAAUAGUCCGUCCGAAUAUUUUUGCCGGGGAAGUGAAUUAUUUCUCGAUUUCCACUUGUGCAUGUGUUUUCCCAUGGCAAACGAAAAUCCGCCCUUUCGACGAUGAUGCCGUGUUUCUUAUGAAUUUUUCUCCCAAGCUCUUUAUCCAUUAACGCAAAUGGGAAGGAGAGCUCAGCAGUUCUCCUACGUCUGAAAAUUGCUAUUAACUCCAACCUGAAAACAUGUUUAAAGUUAUGAAAAAAUGUCAACGUUUUUUUUCAAGCACAUUUUACAUUCGUCAGACAUAAGACACGAGUGAAUAUGACACGAAAUUGAAACUCGAGCGCUCGUGAGUUUCGAAAUUUGUGAACAAGAACGGAAAAUAUUUUGAUCGUUCGAUGUGUCCUCUCGGGAGAAAAAUUGUCAAAACGCCCCGUGCGAAUAACGUCAAGAGCCAAAAGUGGAAAGGUCCGAUAACGUGGCCUGUGAAUACACUGGCUGAUUGUAUAACGACGGGAUACGCCAAGUCAGCGCUCGGCAAAAUUGCGAAAUGCCCCGAGAGAGAUAGUAGAAAAAGCAUGUGAAAAGAAAUCGCCCAAGUAAGCGAUGUCUACCUCUCUUCCCAUGUUCGUAUGGUUUAUCAUUUAUUUUGGUGGCGCUGUAACUUGCCUGCGUAAUUUCCGGACGGAUUUUUUGGAGGAAUGGCCAACGCCGGGUACCGGGCCUCAUUUUGACACAACGAUAUCAUCGAAUUUCACUGGACUCGUUGGCAGCACCGUUCACCUUGUUUGUAAAGUCAAGAACCUAGGCAAUCGAACGGUUUCUUGGGUGAGACACCGGGACAUACACUUGUUGACUGUCGGUCGUUAUACUUAUACGAGCGAUCAACGCUUCGAGGCGUUACACUCGCCCUACACGGAAGAGUGGACGUUGAAGAUACGUUACCCUCAGCUCAAGGACUCGGGAUAUUACGAGUGUCAAAUAUCCACAACUCCUCCAAUUGGGCACGCCGUAUUCUUGACUAUUGUCGAACCAGUCACCAUUAUCGUCGGUGCACCAGAUUUAUUUGUGAAUAAAGGGAGCACCAUCAAUCUGACUUGUCUCGUGAAAAAUGUCCCGGAUCCACCGCCCACGAUGAUCUGGCGGCACAACAGUGUUGAUAUUAACUUCGACUCGCCGCGCGGUGGUAUAAGCCUCGUCACCGAAAAAGGACGCGAAACGUCAAGUCGUCUGAUGAUACAGAAAGCAGUGCCAAGCGACUCCGGUGAAUACACCUGCGGACCUAGCAACGCCAAUCCGAGCAGCAUAAAAGUUCACGUCGUCAAAGAGGAACAUCCUGCAGCGAUGCAUCACGGCGACGGAAGUACGUCCUACGCUGACAAGCAUUCAAUUUGUUUUGUAAUUUUAAUAUUAACUAAUGUAAUAUUUCUAUAAAACGAAGAAAAAAAAAUUUAACUGUAAGAAAAACGAAAAAAAAAGAAACAGAUUGAAAACAAACCGAUCUUAUUGCCCUCCUAUUUUAUGAACGAACGAAUAUAAAUCUAAUAAAAAAAAGUGCCGAGUUUACGAAUAACGUCAAAUUUUCCAUCGAAACGAAAGCGAAACAGUUUAACGAAUGAUCGAGAUAACACGAUGAAAUGAAAUUUGGAGAAUUUUUGUCCAGGGUAAAUUCCGAUAUUACCAUUUACAUUGUACUAACGUGACCAAUUCAUUUUCAAAAUAUCAAUACGUACACGAAAACACACACACACACACACACACACACACACACACACACACACACACACAAAACCUUCAGACAAGGCAUGAUAAUCGAUAAAAUUAAAUAUUUUGUUAAGUCCGUCGCGACGUCGAGUCGAAGUUCGACUCGAAUUUAAAAAAAAUUUAACUACGGAAAAAAGCAAUGAAUACGAAAAUGAAUAAAAUGAAACGAAACUUGGAAAAGAAACGAUUACAACGAGCGAAAUAAGCUAUCGGAAUGUUUAAAAAAUUGAAGUAAAUUGUAAAUAAAACUUAUUGUAUGUACAUAUCAAUAAAUCGAUUGUCUUGGA